UGGAGGCAGCUAGCGCGAGGUUGGGGAGCGCUGAGCCGCGUGUCGUGCCCUGCGCUGCCCAGACUAGCGAACAAUACAGUCAGGAUGGCUAAAGGUGAUCCCAAGAAACCAAAGGGCAAGAUGUCUGCUUAUGCCUUCUUCGUGCAGACAUGCAGAGAGGAACACAAGAAGAAAAACCCAGAAGUCCCUGUCAAUUUUGCAGAAUUUUCUAAGAAGUGCUCUGAGAGGUGGAAGACUAUGUCUGGGAAGGAGAAAUCUAAAUUCGAUGAAAUGGCAAAGGCAGACAAAGUGCGUUAUGACCGGGAAAUGAAGGAUUAUGGACCAGCUAAGGGAGGCAAGAAGAAGAAGGACCCUAAUGCCCCCAAAAGGCCACCGUCUGGAUUCUUCCUGUUCUGUUCAGAAUUCCGCCCCAAGAUCAAAUCUACAAACCCUGGUAUCUCCAUUGGAGAUGUGGCAAAGAAGCUGGGCGAGAUGUGGAAUAACUUAAGUGAUGGUGAGAAGCAACCUUACAACAAUAAGGCAGCGAAGCUGAAGGAGAAGUAUGAGAAGGAUGUCACCGACUGUAAGUCUAAAGGAAAGUUUGAUGGCGCGAAGGGUCCCACCAAAGUUACCCGGAAAAAGGUGGAAGAAGAAGAUGAAGAAGACGAGGAGGAGGAAGAGCAAGAGGAGGAGGAGGAGGAGGAUGAAUAA